GGGAAGCUUCAUUAGUCGUCAGAGGGAGGCAAGGCUGUGACUCAUGCUUGCGUGAAGAGACCAAUGGGCAGCCAGAGUCUGAGAUAUAAAUAACGAAUAAAAAAUAUUCUUGAGGGAGAAAGGGUCACUUGCGCGCGGCUGGAUGGGAUUUUAUUAGUGCGCUCUGUUGGUAUUCCGCCAUCACUGGACUGUUUUUGUCGUGCCUUUGGGUGGCAAUUGUUACAUCUAGUUAUAGUUUCUCUGGAAUCGACAACCUGUGCGCCCGUGAGUCGUUGAUUUAUUUCCCAGCUGGAGAUCAGAUAACAGAGGACUGAUGGCCGCGUCUGAACCGAGAGCCACUGGCGGGGACCAGGACCCCAACUCCGACAAUUUAAGACCUCCGUCCGCAACCUACGAGUAUGCGUGGAUGCACGGAUGUACACGGAAACUUGGGAUGAAGAUUUGUGGGUUCCUGCAGAAGAACAACAGUCUGGACGAGAAGGGCAGGCUCGCGGGCCAGAAGAACUUGCUCUCGUGCGAUAACAGUGACAGGGACGCGCGCUUCCGCCUCACCGAGACCGACUUCUCCAAUCUGUUCGCCAGAGACUUGCUGCCAGCCAAAAAUGGAGAGGAGCCUACCAUUCAGUUUUUGUUGGAGAUUGUGGACAUUCUCACUAACUAUGUCAAGAAGACUUUCGACCGCUCCACUAAGGUGCUGGACUUCCACCACCCCCACCAGCUCCUGGAGGGAAUGGAGGGCUUUAACCUGGAGCUGUCUGACCAACCUGAAUCCCUGGAGCAGAUCCUGGUAGACUGCAGGGACACGCUCAAAUAUGGCGUCCGGACAGGUCACCCACGUUUCUUCAACCAGCUGUCCUCUGGUCUGGACAUCAUCGGUCUGGCCGGAGAGUGGCUCACCUCCACUGCCAACACCAACAUGUUCACCUAUGAGAUCGCUCCAGUGUUUGUGUUGAUGGAACAACUGACUCUAAAGAAAAUGAGAGAGAUGAUUGGUUGGGCCGGUGGAGAGGGAGAUGGACUCUUUUCACCAGGGGGCGCUAUCUCCAACAUGUACAGUGUGAUGAUGGCACGUUACAAGUAUUUCCCUGAGGUCAAGACCAAGGGCAUGUCUGCGGCUCCUCGCCUUGUCCUCUUCACAUCUGAACAUAGCCACUACUCCAUUAAGAAGGCUGGAGCUGCUCUGGGUUUUGGCACUGAUAAUGUGAUCCUGUUGAGCACAGAUGAGAGGGGGAGAGUCAUUCCUGCAGAUCUGGAGGCCAAGAUCAUUGACGCUAAACAGAAGGGUUAUGUGCCAUUGUUUGUGAAUGCCACAGCUGGUUCGACAGUGUACGGUGCAUUUGACCCCAUCAAUGAAAUCGCUGACAUCUGUGAGAAGUAUAACUUGUGGCUUCAUGUUGAUGGUGCAUGGGGUGGUGGACUACUGAUGUCCAGGAAGCAUCGCCAUAAGCUUGCUGGAGUUGAGAGGGCCAACUCUGUGACGUGGAACCCUCACAAGAUGAUGGGCGUGCCUCUCCAGUGCUCUGCAAUCCUGGUCCGAGAGAAGGGAAUCCUGUCAGGCUGUAACUCCAUGUGUGCUGGCUACCUGUUCCAACCAGACAAACAGUACGACGUCAACUAUGACACAGGGGACAAAGCAAUCCAGUGUGGCCGACACGUCGACAUCUUUAAGUUCUGGCUUAUGUGGAAGGCCAAGGGCACCAUAGGAUUUGAGCAGCACAUUGACAAGUGUUUGGACCUGUCUCAGUACCUGUACAACAAGAUCAAGAACAGGGAGGGAUAUCAGAUGGUGUUUGAUGGAGUGCCCCAGCACACCAAUGUUUGCUUCUGGUACAUCCCACCAAGCCUGAGAAGCAUGCCUGAUGGCGAGGAGCGGCGAGAAAAACUCCACAGGGUAGCACCAAAGAUCAAGGCCAUGAUGAUGGAGUCAGGGACCACUAUGGUGGGCUAUCAGCCUCAGGGAAAAAAUGUUAACUUCUUCCGUAUGGUCGUCUCCAACCUCGCAGUCACCCAGUCUGACAUCGACUUCCUCAUUGAUGAGAUUGAGAGGCUCGGGCAAGAUCUGUAGUCCUUCUCAGCAUGCGCUGCUCUAGUGGCCAGAAGGCGAUCCUGCAGUCUUCUAUCUGUUGUCUUUCCAAGGCAAAUGCCAAUGAGGGGAAACAUUUACAGUGCCGCAGACAGAAUAUUGAUAGGACAUGUUUUAGGUUCUUUCUAUCCAGUCUAUCUUUGUCUGAAGCAUUCUGACUGCUUCUCCAACUGAAGGGAAGCUAGAUAUUAGAGAAACUUUGAGUGUGUUACUUGCUUGCCCACAUGGUUCCUCCUCUAUAAAUAUAUAAGUAUCUGAAGGCUCAACAUCUACCAACAUGCUCUAAUGUAUGUGUGUGCAGUGGAUUCUUGUAAUGUGAGCGUGUAUGUGAUCCAGUUUCUUGUUUAAUGUAGUUUGUGGUUUAACGUGUAUGUGUGUGCCUGAGUGUAUGUGUGGUCAAACACUGAAAGGGAGAAAAGCACAAAAACAACAAAGUAUCAGAAAUCUAUUCUGCUGUAUCAUACAUUUGCUACGCAAAAUUGAAUUAUUGGUGCUUUCCGCUGUACAUAUUAUUCUCUCAGUCCUAAACCAGUGUAAUGUGCGUGCGUGUGUGCGUAAGUGUGCAUCUGCGUGUGCGUGUGUGUGUGUGUGUGCGUGCGUGUGCAGGUGUGUAUCCUGUCAUGUAUUUUGAGCUAGCACUGUGUAAUAAAUAAGCUUUUCAUGACCGUAUGUGGACACCAUACCAAGCGUGUUAAACUGAGGCAUUUUGAUCACCUCCAGCAACUGAUCUACAGUAUGCAAUAUUUUCCUUCAUAGAACUUUAUGAUUAAGAUUUAAAAUGUCUACAGCUGUUUCAAGUCUGUGACAGCUUUUAACUUGUAAAACGCUGGCUCGUUGUUUUCAUGCAAUCAUGUGAUAAUCAUAUGUUUAUAACAUUAUUAAAAUAUGAAAUAGUAAGAUUAUAUAAGAACUAAUAUUUAUUGCAUUUCCACUGUUUGCAGAUUCAGGUAUUUCAUUGUAAAUGUAUCUUUAUGUGUGUUACAUCGUAAUGCAUUUGUAAAUGUAUUCACAGAGACUUAAGUAAAGUGUAUUUAUAGUGAUUUUGUCAGCCAAAGAAAGCUAAUCGGGAACAGAGCAAUCCAUCGUCCUUCAUAUAGAAAUUGUUAUAGAUUAUAGGUGUUUGUAAAAUGUUACCUAUUGACCCUGGACUGCGAUGCAAUUUCUAUGGUGUUUUUCUUUCUGUGAUUGUAAGUCUUUUGGACCGAAUGUUUUGAGAUGACUGACUGGCCUUCUGAUGAGAUUAAGAAUGAAGUCUAUAUAAUCCUUGUCUUUUAUUUUAGAGAAUAGCACAAGGAUGUGAGAAUGUACUCUCAUGAGACUGGGAAGAAAGUUUUGCCUGUCUGAAUCCUAAUACAUUUACUGUAAUAUAGUAUAUAUUAAUUGUAAUACAUAUUAGCUGUAUUCUCAGUGUUAUGGGAACUUAAUGUGUGUAUUUGCACAAUGUUAACCUUUCUUUCAUUCAAUGUAAAUGGAUGUGAACUAUGGCAGUAUUAUAUAAGACUUAAGUUAAUAAAUGUUUAUGGUAUCUAGGGACCAUAUGUAAAUGGCAGUUGUGGCAAGUGCAUAAAUCCUAUUUAAGAUAAUCUGUGUGCUGUAUGUGACCAGUCUUUUAUUUUUGUUGUUGUUGUUGACAAAGCCAGCUGUAAGGGAACGUUUCCCAGGAGGCACUUUAACAGAACCAUACCAUCUAUAAAAAAAUAAUAAAGUUUACUAAAGG